AUGACUGCGUUGCGUGAAGCACGUGGGGAUUCUUCAUCGGCUGAUCCAAUUAAUGGAACACGUGGAAAAGCAAAUAUCAAUGAAAGGAAAUUUGCAUUUCUGAAUCAGGUAACUCGUCCAGACUACCGUAGUCUACCAACAUCUGCUGCCACGUCACAAUCAUCAGUUCCAUCUACACCAGUCUCUGUUCCAAUGAGAAUCAAUGGAAAUGUAGAUCAAAUCAUGUUCCGAGAGUUUGGAGCUCCAAUUGCUACACCAGAAGACGAAGAACAAUUGCUCGAUGAUCUGGAAAUUAAAUCUGCGCCACUGCUUUCACCGCGACGUACAUUCGCAGAUUUUGAAGAUCGAAGCUCAGAGGAGAAAGAGAAUCGGAGAAUUGAGGAAGAUGAUGAUACAGAAGCUGAUACGACGAUUCGGGAAGAAUUUGAUUAUGAAAAAGAAGAAGAAGUAUUGAAAGAAGAAAAAAUCAUUGAUAAACCGAAUGUAGAAACUGUUGAAGAACACAAGGAAAAUAAAAACGAAUCUCCUGAUUUCAUUCGUAUGGUGGAAAGUGCUCCAGAAUUGACAACAUCAUUUGAUGAAAAAGAAGAAACAAAUUACAAUAAAUCACCGGAACAAGAAAUUGAAGCUGAAGAGAUUCGAAAAAUGACAGAAUCAUUUGGAGAACCACGGAAAGCAGUUCUUGAGCGGGUUACUGUAGAAGAAACUGACGAUGAAGAGACUGAAACUGAAACAGAGACAGAAAAUGAGGAAAUGGAUGAAAAAGAUGUUUAUGAUGAUGUUCGAAGACAGAUCGCUGCAGUUUCCGACAAUCCGAUGGUUUUCGGCUGGAAUGCUAAAUCAAAUAAGGAGCAACUGGAGAAACCGACAAGUCUCCCACUUCAUUAUGAGCUUGAGGCCGAUUGUUCAACACCUCGAAGAGCAGAGUUUUCUAUGAAUCCUGAAGACGAUUACGAAAAUCAAUCAGAAGAUGCCACGCCUGCCACGUCAUCAGGCGAAGAAGGUGUUCUUCAACAAUCCCUUCUUCAACUUCAAAAACAACUUCGAAAAACCGACGUUCGUUGUUCUCGUCUCGAGAAGAUUUGUGAAUUUCAACAGCGUGACAUUGACAGCCUUCGGUUCGAGGUCGACUGGAAGGACAAACGGAUCGAAUUUUUGCAGAAGACGCUACAGGAAAUAGAGACAUCAACAUCUCAGUCAGAUGCUCCAAAUACAUCAAGAUCUACUACAACAUCCACAUCAUAAUAAUUAUUCAUUCAUAUAGGUGCUUUUGUCAUCCCAUGAUUCCUAUGAUUGUUGUAAUCUCUCAAUCAAGUCUUUGUUUUAUCACAUUUUGCCAUUAUUGCAUAUUUUCUUUGAAAUCUGUAACAUAUUUCCCGAGCUUUCCAAAUUCCAAAACUUCCUACUUCAUUCCAUUCACCAACUCGCUUUUUUCUCACUUGCUUACGGCUUAUUGAAAUCACAACAAUUCACAACGAAACCAACCAAUAAAGUGUAUAAAUUUAUUAC